GUCGCCGUGAAUUUGGGAUCGGUUUCGGUGCGUCGUUUAAUUUGGUAAAAAAAACAGUGGAAAAGCCAGCGGAAAUUAAUUUAUAAUGGACGAAUCAGAUUUUCAAUCAGAGGUCGAUGUCAACGUCGGGUUGGUCGAUAUUCUGGAUUACGUGGGGGACUCGGUGCGGCCCAUCCGCGAAGGACUGGCAGUUUUGGAGGCACAGCACAUCGUAUGCUUGGGGUACACCGCACGGUCAACCUCAUCAGUGACUGCAAAAGGGUUCGUUUUACAAAGCUCCCAUCCGGCAGAACGUCCUCAUGAAGUGAGCCUGAAGCUGUCGCAGGAUAACACGGCCUGGGAUUUGGGCUGUUCCUGCAAAGCAGGGACGAAACGCUGCAAGCACAUUAUCGCUUGCCUGCUUCAAAUCAGCCAGUUCAAAACGUUGGAGUAUCUUUCCUGCACAGAUGCAACGCAGGCCUGGGGCUUUUCGAAACAAGAAAAAAACGGCCUAUGGGGAGCACGUGCUGUCGAAGAAAUGUGCUGCGUAAGAAGAGCGAAACCUUUGGUCAGCAAAGAUGACAAAUUCAAAUUACAUUUGUUGUCUGAUGCGUUUUCAAAGUUGGUAGCAGCUGCUCCAAAUUCGUCGAUCGCUAAACAUCAGACUGGACGUCAUCGUAAUCCGGUAGAAUUUCGAUCUGGAAUAAGUGCUGUCGGUGUCAAGACUACACGAGUCCAUUGCUCACGCGGGGAUCUACAGCUGUUGUUGUUCAGCACAGAUUCGGCCGUAUCUAAUUGUCCGUUGGAUCGUGCGUUGGAAAGCCAUGCCCUGCGACCAGAAGACAAGGAGUUUUACAAAAAAGUUGUGUGUGUAACCCAGGACGAUGUGUUGCGGAUUGCUGUCGAAACUGAAUCUCAAAAUACUAAGGAGUGGCAGCUACAGAGAUCUGUUCGAAUUACUGCCAGUUCUUGCUACGGGCUGUACACUUACAGCAAAAACGAUAAUCCGGAUUGGAAGAAAAAAGUUGUACAUUACCUGAAACCAAAAACGAUCCUCACUAAAGAGAUGCGUUAUGGUAAGGCAACAGAAGAGAAAGCAUUCAUCUGCUACUCUCAAAAAAGAAAUCCACUAAUACAAAAAACUGGUUUCAUUGUACACCACAAGGAGCCCUGGAUCGGCGGAAGUCCAGAUGGCAUUGACACGCUGUCCGGCCUAAUCCUCGAGAUUAAGUGCCCUUUUUCAGGGAAGGACAACGGCCUUGACUGGAUAAUCAAUAAUUGUCCUGCAACGAAACGAUAUUUAAAAGUGCAGGAACUAAAUGGAAACAUUCAGUUCACGCUACACAAAAAACACUGUUACUAUGCCCAAGUACAAGUAAAUAUGUGGGUAAUGAAAUGUACUAAAGCAGAUUUUAUCGUGUACUCAUCAAAGGAUGACGAUUUCAUUGUUGUUGAGGUUGAGUAUGACAAAUAUUUUAUUCAAGAUCUCCAGGAAACACUUCAAUCAGUUUACUUUAACUAUGUACUGCCCGAAUUAAAACGAUGAAAACGUUAAAAUUUUACAAUAAUAAAUGAUUCAAAGCCAAGAGUUUUUUUUUCUGAGAAGGAAGACUGACUAAAAUAGAUGAUUAUCGCUUUCCUAAUCUGUACAUCGAACCUAAUGUUGGGCAUAGCAUGCUGGGUAGCAGAUCAGAUCCGUUAUCAAGCACACUACGUCCAACGUUAUGGUGAUACGGGACACCGUGUUAAUUUUACUAUGUUCCGUCUCUUUCGUCAUCAUUACCCUCGAAGCUUUUGCGAUGCUAAUCUACAGUUACAGUGGACUGAUCAAACUGAAAAUUUAAUCGAUUGUUUAUCACAUGUAAGCAUACAAACGAUCCAGCCUUCACCCCAUUUCAUACAGCAGAACUCGAGAUUUGCAUCGUCAAAUUUUAAGAGCAAUGAUUGAUGAUUCUGAUAACGCCCCGUAAAGAUUGACGUAGACGUACGAAUCGAAAGACAUUGCUCCGAAUGGAACGUUAACUCGAAUGAUGUAUUAUUCCAACACCGCCUCCGGCCAGUGGCCGCACAGAUUGAACAUUACUGACAUUAGACAACGGACAACACAUACAACACUCAGUGACUCAAUGGAGAAUUUUCCGUUUGACAAAAAGUUUCCCCCGACUGGAGCGGGAAUCGAAUCCACACUCCGAGGCAUACGAGACACCUAAACGACUGACGCCGCUAUCCGCUCGGCCACGAAGCCCAUAAUAAUUUAUAUUAAUAUUCCUGUUAAAAACACAUCGCCCAAGAAUUUUUACAUAAUAGAGGUAAAAAACCAAUAUCUGAUUUAGUUUAUUCAAAUGCUAUCUUUCAUUCAGGUUAGUUUCAAUAAAUGACAAUGAGAAGGUGA